AGCUUCCCCGCCCGCCCUGGGAGCACAGGACGGCCUCCCAGCCAUGCAGGGGACAGUGCGGCCGUCCCCGGGCUCGGGGAGUGUGUUACGUGCCUCGUUCAGCCCGUCCUGCUCUGCUCGGGAGGGUACGGGCUCCUCCGAUUGACGUUGCCAAGGCCCUUCUCUGUCCCUGACCCUCUGCAGCAGCACCCUGGGCCAUCACGGGGCAGCGUCGGGGGGCGGUGGGGUCGCUUGGCCCACCUGGCCCUGCGCCUUCGCCGGCCUCCGAUUUCCGAGGUGCUUCCAGGGCAUCCCCCGAGGCCUCCCCGCUGCUGCCGCCUCCCCGGCCUUUGGAGGGGCCAGGCUGGAGACUCCCCACGGGAAACACCGACUCAAUAGAAACCACAGCAAGUAAACAACUGCGGGUGUGAUUGCAGCAGGACUUCUGCUUUCCCCGGGGGCUUUAACGGCGAAGCAGAGCUGUGCGAAGGCAGAGGGGAGGGGAGGACGCCGAGACGGCCGGGGAGGCAGGAGCAGGGGCCGGAGUGGGACGCCACGGCUGGGAGCAGCUAUGGGGGAUGCCUUCAUCCGGCACAUCGAGCUGCUGGGCUACGAGAAAAGGUUCUUCCCCAGCCAGCACUAUGUCUACAUGUUCCUGGUGAAGUGGAACGACCUCUCCGAAAAGCUCGUCUACCGCCGGUUUACGGAGAUAUAUGAGUUCCACAAGGCGCUGAAGGAGAUGUUCCCCAUUGAAUCUGGGGACAUCAGCAUGGAGAACCGGAUCAUCCCACACUUGCCAGCCCCGAAGUGGUUUGACGGGCAGCGCUCAACCCAGAACAGGCAGGGCACACUGGCCGAGUACUGCUACACGCUGAUCAACCUGCCCCACAAGAUCUCCCGGUGCCUGCACGUGGUCAACUUCUUCAAGGUCCGUCACGACGACAUGAACCCUGUCACAGACAGCCAGAUCAAGAAGCCCGAGGUCUUCCUCCUGCCAAAGGAUUCCAAGAAAAGCCCCAGCGACAUUACGGGCCCCAUUGUCCUGCAAACGUACCGAGCCAUCGCCGACUACGAGAAGAGCUCCACAUCCGAGAUGGCUCUAAAAGCUGGGGACAUGGUGGAUGUCGUGGAGAAGAGCGAGAGCGGCUGGUGGUUCUGCCAGUUGAAAAAUAAACGGGGCUGGGUGCCAGCUGCCUAUCUGGAGCCGAUGGAUGGUCCUGAUGAGUCUGAAGAGCAGGAGCCCAACUAUGCAGGUGAGCAGUACGUUGUCCAGAAAAGCUACACAGCCGUGGAGGAGGAUGAGCUGACCCUCAAGGAGGGUGAUACCAUCGAAGUCAUCCACAAGCUCCUUGAUGGCUGGUGGGUCAUCAGGAAGGAUGAAACCACGGGUUAUUAUCCCUCCAUGUACCUGCAGAAAGCCGGGGAGGUGAACAAGUCUGUGAAGAGUGAGCUGAGGAACCGGAGUGCUCCUCCGCGGAGAUCCACCAUCCGAAAUGUAAAGAGCAUCCACAAGCAGAGCCGGAAGCAGAUCAGCCAGGAGACCUACAGGAGGAACAGCAGGAAGUACAUUCAGAGCCGGAGGAAGAUGAAGGAAAACUUCCAGAAGGCAGACAAUGUCAUCAUUGAGAAAAACGAACAAGAGGAGAACAAGCCCAAGGCUCAACCUGCUGUUCCUCCCCGUCCCAGCAAAGACCUCAUCCUGAACCGCUGUACCGAGAGCACCCGGAGAAAGAUCCUGUGAGCUCUCAGCUCCCCCCGCACCGGCCGGCAGAUGCUUUAUGUCCUCUAGCUCCUGCACAGCUGGGACUCAGGGCUAGACUGGGGCACCCCGGAGGCUCUGGCCGCAGACCCCAGGGUGCUGCCAGCUGGAUCUGUGCAGCCCAGUGCCGGUCUUAUCCACCAUCAUGGCGAGCCCAAGAUCUCCUCAUGACACAGCGAGGAGGGACCCAGUCCCACUCCACUGGCCUGUGGGGGGGCUGAGGCUUUCACAGCCACUGGAGACUCCUCAUUCUAAACCCCCUUUGAUCCCUUAUUUGUAUUUUGAAUUAUUUUGCAUUUCUCACCAAUAAAUGAGAGGCAUAUUUCAA